AUGAGGAGGGCACGCAGGAGACCUGAGUGUGUCAUGCGCUGCUCCCUUCACCCCUUCACGCCGAACGCUCUCGAGGCGGGCACCAUCGACAGGUGUCCCGGCGCCGCGUCCGGCGGCCUGUUUGGGCACCUGCCGGAUGCCUCCACGCAAAUAUCCCCACGGCAUCCUUUGGUGAGGACAUUAGGAGGCAUGUCGGCUCGCUGGGAGAAGCCGGUCGGCUGUCUGGAGCUAGGAGUUAUCUUGCUGGGCCCUCGCCCAGCCCGCUCGUGUGUAGGGCAUGAGACCAGGAGAGCUCAGUCGCCAACGAGGCUAAGGAGUAAGAACAUGGGGCACUUGGGGGCUGCUUGGCGCGCAAGGCGGGCUUUCCGACGAGACCCAACAGGCCUGUCGAGUCCAGAACAGCUGAUACUAGUUUUGUUGUCUUGGGUCCGUAAGGAGUGCCUGGAUCUCCGCUCUCGGCCCUGGGACCACUCGAUAAGCAUGGUGCAAACAACAUUACUAACCUGA